AUGGAAUGGGGCGAAUCGGCGGGUAUUCCAAACUGUGCUGAAGACAUGGAAGGACCGGCGAAUCUUCAUCAGAGAGAGGAUGUUCAACAACGCCUCAUUGAACUAGGUCAUGUUCUUGAACAAUUUCCAGAGUCAAAAGCCCUCGGCGAAUAUCUCAAAGACGUGAGUGCCGGCUUGGUUAAUGGCAACACUCCGGACUUCAAUGACUUUCAUUCAUUCUGGUAUCGUCGCAAAUGGUGUUUUGCACUCAAGGAGGACGAGAGCGAAUAUGAUGAGAUACUUUCCAUCACGGACACUUGGGAUGUGCGAUUGGAUGAGCUGGAGGUAUUGAAGAAUGAUGUGCAGCAGUGUCUGGAUGAGAAUCGAAGCAUCUUCGAGCUUUCAGAGGCAGCACCCAGAGAGGCGACAUCUACAGGAUACCGGGUUAGAGAAAGUGCCCCCCCUCCAGCUGAGGAUACCUCAGCAAGCAGGAAUCAGCUUGAAGAUGCUUUGAGUCCUGGCGUUAUCGGGGCCGAAAGGGCUUACAAUUCAAUUGAAAAGGAUGCGAAUGGGGCAAAGAGGGUUUUCAAAAAGCAGGUGCUGGCCUUGAGGCUUGGACCUUUGGAGCUUGAGGCUGGAGCCUAUUGUGCCCAGAAACGUGUUAAACGCGACGCGAGUGGAUCAUCCACAGAUGACAGCAAUAGCACAAGGGAUCCUAUUGGGGGUUGCAUCUUGGUUGAACUGGCCAACCUUGAAGAAGCGGCAGCUGCUGUAGACCUUCUGGGCAGCGGGCACUUUGAGAACCAAUUAAUUUCUGAAGGGGAGGACAGAUCCGAGGCAGCGAGCGAUGGCACUGCAACUGAAUGCCCAUGUACCUUUACCCAUGAUGAGCAUGGCCUUUUGCUUGAUUCUGUUCGAGCUGGUAGCGUCGCUUCCACCGAAGAUGGCCACACCGCAGGGCAAGGUGGUGUUGCAUCCUCUAACAAUGAACAAUCACCUGAAGAAUUGAGCCACACGAGUGCAAUAGAUCCUGCUGAGGGAAUUAUACCACAGCAGCAGACAGCGGGCUAUAUGUUAAACUUAGAGAUGGCUGAUUGUGUGAAUAAUCAAGGACUACCAUCCUCUACAGAGGGACAGGGCGCUCAAAAUUGGCCAGUUACUCCGAAGCCAAUCACCAAUGCCGAAAGUGAUGAACAUUGGGUGUACUACGCAGCAGACUUGCAUGCUAUUCGCAGCGUCUUUGGUGAUCGCUUUUACAAUGCCGUCGAGGGCUCCCCAACACGGAUGUGUGAGAAAGUAAAAAACCAAACCCUUCGGACAACAGAAUGUGUGAAGAUGAAGUUCCCUCGACAGAAUUUUCAUGAUGCUAUCGCCUGGGUGGAAAUCGGAAUGGCUGAUGACCUUGUCAGGAUUUUAUUUCCGCAAAUGGACUGGAGAAUUCCCUUACUUCUCCCAAAAAAUCCGGUAGCUAGCUACGCACAGCCGCCAGUUGCGGUAUCAGAGAACCAAGGGAUGUCAAGGUCGAUAUCAAAUAUUGGUGAGCAGAAGAAUUAA